AUGAUAUUGAAACGAAAACUUUUACGCCCACGCAGUAGUGUUGCGCCACGUUCGGUCAGGGGUACGGUAAUCGGCGUGUGUGUGUCGCAUGAGGAUGGUCUGCGAGUGCUACGUGACUUUCGUCUCCUUCUACCAAUCAGGCAAACGUCAAUUAAAUUAUUUCAAAAGUAUCCGCGACGUGAAGUCACUUGCGAUAGCCAACAUCAAUAA